ACAGUGGACGUCGUUGACUGUUCGCUGUACACAUGACCAAAUCUCUAUGUUAUACGGAUAGGCUAUAAACUGCUUUUGACGAGUUGUUCAUUCGUACACAAACCUCUUGGAGAUCAGUAUUCAAUCGCAGAUACCAGAAGUGAACGUUGCCCCCAGUCUGCUGCAUCAUAUAAGAAUAAUUUAUGAGUUCUUGCGUAUAGUAUUAAGAUAAAGCAUAUGGAGGACACGGUAUUCAUGUGGCGAAAACAUGCGCCAUCCUAUCCUGAUUCUUCGUCGUAUUCAAAAUCCAUGCAAACCAUGUCCCAAUGCUGAUGUUAAACAAGUCUAAAGUCAAUCGUUGAACACGUCAUCCCAGGUCCCGGCUCGGACAACAUCCCGUUGGGGAGGUUCUGGCUCCCCCAGCUGAUCCGUCUCAGGGAUGGAGAGUGUAUAGCUCCAAGCAAGUGAAGUAUGGCAAGGUUGAGGCGCAGAACUUGUAUCCUAUCCCUAGGGCUGUUAUUGCUAGUUGUCAUUGUAACAUUGGUUUUAAAGACCCAUGCACCAACAGAAAAUCCAUUUGAUCUGCCCGGUGCUCAUGAACUAUUCCCACACAUCGACGGAGUUGAAAACAAGGCUGACUUGAAAUCCGUGCAGAAAAAAAAGGAUGACCCCCUAAAGGUGGAAAGGGAUGCUCAACUGGAAGCAAUACUGAAGAAGUUUUCUCCCCCCAACUACAACCUCCAUGCCUUCUACUACAUAUGGUACGGAAACCCAAAGUUCGAUGGCAAAUACAUCCACUGGGACCACCCUCAGAUGCCCCACUGGGAUUCCAAAGUGGCGCAGGCAUAUCCCCAAGGGAGGCACUCCCCACCAGAAGACAUCGGGGCCAACUUCUACCCAGCUUUGGGGGCGUACAGUUCUCGGGACCCUUCGGUUCUAGAGGCCCACAUGCAGCAACUACGGACCGCAGCAAUUGGUGUUAUUGCUGUGUCAUGGUACCCACCUGGAAUGAAAGAUGACAAUGGGGAGCCUAUAGACGAUAUAGUAGCUAUGCUGAUGGACGCGGCACAUAAAUACCAUGUUAAGGUUGCAUUCCACAUAGAGCCAUACAGAGACAGAGACGAGGCAUCAAUGCUUAAGAACAUCAAGUACAUCAUCGACGUAUACGGAGGCCACCCCGCCUUCUUCAGACACACGACGACCAGUGGCAAGGUGCUGCCGCUGUUCUACGUGUACGAUUCGUACCUGCUGAACUCGGAGCAGUGGGCCAAGCUGCUGAAGCACACGGAGAGCGGCAGCGUGCGUGACACGCCCUACGACGCCGUCUUCCUGGCCCUGAUGGUGGACGAGAAGCACAAGCGGGACAUCCUCACGGCCGGCUUCGACGGACUCUACACCUACUUCGCCACCAACGGCUUCUCGUACGGCUCCACCCACCGCAACUGGGAGUCCAUCGGGACCUUCUGCGAGGACAACAACCUGCUGUUUGUGCCCAGUGUGGGGCCCGGCUAUGUGGACACCAGCGUGCGGCCAUGGAACUUCCAGAACACGCGCAACCGCAUCAACGGGAAGUACUACGAGAACGCCCUGAGCGCAGCGCUGCAGGCUAAGCCGCAUUUCAUCUCCAUAACGUCGUUCAACGAGUGGCACGAGGGCACUCAAAUCGAGAUGGCCGUGCCCAGAGCCGGCCAGGCGCCGUACCUGGACUACCUGCCCAACCGGCCAGCCGUCUACCUGGAGAUAACGCGCAAAUGGGGCGCUAUAUUUGGGAGUGAGCGCCAGAGGUGGCAGGAUUAGUCCUGCACUCUGAACGUCCUGCAGUGAUUCAUUAAUGUUAAGGCUAAACAAAGAAAAAUGAAAAAUAAAUGUAAAUUAAAUUGUAAUAUAUAACUAGUGGGAACAGUUGUACAGAAAUAUCCAAAGGAUUUUGAUCGGUAAUAAAAAAAAAUACGUGAA